GCAGUGUGUACUGAUUCCUCGCAUUUGUGACAUUCGGCUCGAGAAUGGUGGGUGGGUGGCGAUGCGCGUUUAUAAUAUGCGCCUGCGCGUGGUACGGAGAUACCGCGCGAAUACUCAUCGUAGUGCCAACUCCUUCUAUUAGCCAUCAGGUAGUAUUCCGCCCAAUAGCACAUGAGUUAGCAAAGCGUCAUCGUGUUGUUAUUUUGACAACUGACCCAGCCUUUCCAGACCAGGCCCCGCCGAAUCUCACAGAAAUUGACCUACACGAAUCCUACGCUCCAUGGAUCGACCGCUUUGUUAAAACCGCCUCUGGAAAGCGAAACGAUUUAUACACACAAAUUAAUACGGGGUAUGAUCUCAUGUUAGAAAUAUUCCCAAAGCAAAUGAAAAGUGAGGCUGUAAAGAGGGUGUUUGAAAAAGAAAAACAGUUCGAUCUAGUGAUCACAGAAGGGUGGACGAGACCGGCACUAGCAUUGUCUCAUGUGUUCAAAGCGCCUGUUAUAAUGAUAAGUAGUUUUGGGGGAACAGAUGAACAAUAUCAUCUAAUGGGUGCUCCUGUCGACCCAAUAUUGUACCCAGACUAUCUGCGCACGCGGCUGUUCAAUCUUACAUUAUGGGAGAAAGUGACAGAGUUAUAUAAUAGAUACAAAUUAAAUCGGUUAAAAAUGGCGUAUGAGGAGAAGGAAGAUGUGAUGCUUCGUGUUUUGUUUGGAAAGGAUACGCCUCCGUUAGAGGAGUUAAAGAAUAAUGUGGAGUUGCUGAUGGUGAAUAUAGAUCCUGUGUUUGAGGGCUACCGCCCUGUGCCGCCUAAUGUGAUACAUUUGGGGAGCCUUAAUUGUGCACCGUCUAAAGAUCUGCCUCAGGACCUAAAAUCAUGGAUGGAUUCCUCAAAGCACGGAGUCAUCUAUAUGAGCUUUGGAACGAACACGGAUCCGUCGCUGCUUCCACCGGAGCGUAUGGCGAUCUUCAUUCGGGUCUUCGAGAAACUGCGGUAUAAUGUACUGUGGACGUGGAAGGAGCCGCCAGAGGGACUACCGGCUAAUGUGCGGACGUCAGCUUGGGUUCCGCAGUCUGAUCUGCUGCGCCAUAAGAAGCUGGUCCUAUUCAUCACCCAAGGAGGCCUGCAAUCUACAGACGAGGGCCUCCGCGCUGGUGUGCCUCUUCUAGCUUUCCCCAUGCUUGUUGACCAGUGGUUUAAUGCUGAGCAAUAUGAGAGGCUUGGUGUGGGGCGAAGACUGGAGUUUGCUUCAUUCACUGAUGAUCAGCUACGGGAAAAUAUUGAAGAGCUGAUAAAGGACAAAGGUUACCGCUCCCGCUCCAAGCUUCUAAGUGAAGAGAUGCAAGACCGCUCAGAGUCGUCACUCGAGCGCGCAGUCUGGUGGAUGGAGCGCACAUUGCGGCGUCGCACGCGCAGGCGCGCCCCCGCCGUACGCGUGACCUGGCUUACGUUCAUCGAUGGAGACAUAGUAGCGGCAGCUCUUGUGUUGAUCAUUAGUGUGCUGCUGGCGCUUUUUGGCCUAUAUAAAAUGUUAACUAGAAGAAGUAUGAAAGUCAAAACUACUUAAUCGUAAAACAGUUCACGCCGUUUUACCUUUUGAGUGUUGUGUCAUCAAAUCUUCAAUUUUGGAAGUGGAGAAGAAACUAGCAAUAAUUUUAAUGCAAAUAGUCUAAGUGGUAUUUCAUGUGGAUUUAAAAUUUGGUUGAUUUCAAGCUUAUGCUCAUAAAGUUGCUUAAACCGAAUGAACACAUCACAAAUAAUAAAAAUAUUGUUAUUGCAUCUUCCGUAUUGCCGACUGUUAUUUGUUUAUGUUUGUGUAAAAAAUGAAAUUAAUUAUUUUAUUGUUUUUUUUUAUCAGUAUACAAAUUUUAGACCCAGUAGUUUCGGAGAUAAA